AUGCAGGGCGUGGCGCUGGUACCAGGAGUGACCCCCACAUCAUGCACCCUACUCACAACACCGCAGCUGCACUGGCUCGUGUGGGCGGCCAACCGCCAGCCCCCUGCCUCGCCCCUGCUGCCCUCCGAGGACCUCUACUUCUCCACCCUCGCAUCCGCCUUCCAAGCCCUGCUCCCCGCAUCCUCCCCUCCCCCCGCUUCUUCCUCUGCGCCUGUCCCCUCCCCCGCCGCUUCCCCCGCGCCCUUCCCCUGUCCGCCACUGCUGGUGGACGCGGCGAAUGGAGUGGGCGCGCCCAAGCUGCAGCGGCUGGUGCAGGAGGUGCGGGGGAGGGCGGGCGUGGCGCUGGCGGUGGCGGUGCGCAACACAGGGGGCAAGGGCGAGGGGCAGCUGAACGAGGGCGUGGGGGCGGACUUCGUGCAGAAGGAGCAGCGCGCGCCCAGGGGUUUCGGGGGGGACGCGGACAUGGCGCACAGGUGUGUGAGCUUGGAUGGCGAUGCAGACCGCCUCGUCUACUUCUUCCACUCUCCAGCCCCACCCACCACUGCUACCACAGAGUCACAGCCCUCCUCCUCCCCUGAGCCCUCCCUCGCCCCAUCUGCCUCUACCUCACGUGUCUUCCAUCUCCUAGACGGGGACAAGAUCGCAGCACUCUUCACCUUCUUUCUCGUGCACACCCUCCGCGCCAUGUCCCCCUCCUCCCCUCCCCCCAACCCCCCCGCCUCCGCCUCCACCUCCUCCCUCCCCCCCUGCGCGUGGUUCUCCAUCCCGUCCUUCCGCCCCAUCUCCCUGGGCGUGGUGCAAACAGCCUACGCCAACGGCGCAUCAACGGCGUAUCUGGCAUCGCAGCUGGGGUGUGCGCCGGCAGUGGCAAGGACAGGGGUGAAGCACGUGCAUGCGGUGGCGGAGCGGUGGGACAUGGGGGUGUACUUUGAGGCCAACGGGCACGGCACGGUGCUGUUUGGGGAGGAGUUGCUGGCGUGGCUGCAGGAGCAGACGGAGAAGGGACUUCCGGAGGGAUCGGCGCUGCAGCGUCUGGCGGCUCUGAGCAGGCUGUGCAACCAGGCAGUGGGCGACGCCCUGGCGAACGUGUUGGCAGUGGAGGCGGUGCUGCGCUGCCAGGGGUGGUCGCACCACGACUGGAGCCGCAUGUACCACGACCUGCCCUCGCGCCAACUCAAGGUGCGCGUGGCAGAGCGCAGCAUGUUUGUGCCGUGUGACGACGACACCAGGCUGCUGGAGCCCGAUGCCCUGCAGGCCACCAUCGAUGCUGCUGUCGCGGGAGUGGCAGGAGGGCGGGCGUUUGUGCGGCCAUCAGGCACGGAGGAUGUGGUGCGUGUGUAUGCAGAGGCCACUUCCCAAGAGGCCGCAGAUGCCCUGGCUCGCACCGUGGCCACUGCUGUUGAGAAGCACUCCCCUGUGGUGUAG